AUGGAGAAGUACGUUAGACUACAAAAGAUUGGAGAAGGUUCCUUUGGAAAAGCCGUUCUUGUUAAAUCUAAAGAAGAUGAUAGACAGUAUGUUAUCAAGGAAAUUAACAUCUCAAGUAUGUCCAAUAAAGAAAGAAAAGAAUCAAGGAGAGAAGUUGCAGUGUUGGCAAACAUGAAGCAUCCAAAUAUUGUCCAGUAUAGAGAAUCAUUUGAAGAAAACGGCUCUCUCUACAUAGUAAUGGAUUACUGUGAAGGAGGAGAUCUAUUUAAACGAAUAAAUGCUCAGAAAGGCAUUUUGUUUCAAGAGGAUCAAAUUUUGGACUGGUUUGUUCAGAUAUGUUUGGCCCUGAAACAUGUACAUGAUAGAAAAAUUCUUCAUCGAGACAUAAAAUCACAGAACAUAUUUUUAACCAAAGAUGGGACUGUACAACUUGGUGAUUUUGGAAUUGCUAGAGUUCUUAAUAGUACUGUAGAGCUGGCUCGUACUUGCAUAGGGACCCCAUACUACUUGUCACCUGAAAUAUGUGAAAAUAAACCUUACAAUAAUAAAAGUGACAUUUGGGCUCUGGGGUGUGUCCUUUAUGAGAUGUGCACACUUAAACAUGCAUUUGAAGCUGGCAAUAUGAAAAACCUGGUACUGAAGAUAAUAUCUGGAUCUUUUCCACCUGUCUCUUUGCAUUAUUCCUAUGAUCUCCGCAGUUUGCUCUCUCAGUUAUUUAAAAGAAAUCCUAGGGAUAGACCAUCAGUCAACUCCAUACUGGAGAAAAGUUUUAUAGCCAAGCGCAUUGAAAGGUUUCUCUCACCUCAGCUUAUUGCAGAAGAAUUUUGUCUAAAAACAUUUCGAAAGCUUGGAGCACAGCCUAUACCAGCCAAAAGACCAGCUUCUGGACAAAGCUUGGCUUCUGUUGCACCUGCUCAGAAAAUUACAAAGCCCGCUGCUAAAUAUGGAGUACCUUUAACAUGUAAGAAAUAUGGAGAUGUACCUAAAAAAUUACAUGAAAAGAAACCGCUCCCAAAACAAAAACAGGGCCAUCAAACAACAGUGAAGAAAAUGAAUCCUGGAGAAAGGAGGAAAAUGUUUGAGGAAGCAGGAAGAAAAGGAAGGUUGGAAUUUAUUGAAAAAGAAAAGAAGCAAAAGGAUCAGGUUAGUUUAUUGAAGGCUGAACAGAUGAAAAGGCAAGAAAAGGAACGGUUGGAGAGAAUAAAUAGGGCCAGGGAACAAGGAUGGAGAAAUGUGCUAAGUGCAGGUGGAGGCGGUGAAGUAAAG